CCAUUGCUCCAAAUCAAAAAAUAAUUUUGUUCAAAGAUCUACUAAUAAUAUGACAAAAUAAAAAUCCAACCACGGCAUGUUAUACAGUGAAACAGAUGACUCCCUAAUAGUACCUAAUAGUACAAUAACACCCAAAAAUAUUGAAAGGCUGUAAUAAUUAAUAAAUGUAAUAUAUCGCGUGGAGAAAAACUCUGAUUCAAACACCAGCAUCAAAAUAAUGUAUUACCGUUAUAAGAAAAAACAAGACACUCUCGCUCCACCUCUCUUUCUUCCUUACGAUAUUAUUCACUAUCCUCCAAAAAAUAAAAAUAAAAAUUAAAGCCCACACCACACCUAUAUACUUAUUGUUCUCAAUAAUUGUCAAUCUCAUAUCUCUCUUGCACAGAAACUUCUCUCCUCUAAAAUGUAAACCACAUUCUCAUCGCCCUCCUCGUUUCUCUAAUUCUCUCCAAAAAUGGAGUGAUCACUUAUCACAAAAAGAAACCGUAUCCUUUUAUUUUAUGAUCUAAAGUUAAAUAAUACAUCAAUGGGGAAGAAAAAAAUAGAGAUUAAGAACAGAUCAAAAACCCUCCCAUCUUCACCAACUCAUUCCCUAUCUUCUUCUUCUUCAUCUUCUGAUUUCGAGUUCCGAACCUCAAUUUCUCCUCGUAAAUCUUCCGCUACCCUUUGCCCUGCGGAUGAGCUUUUUUACAAAGGGCAACUUCUCCCUCUCCAUCUUUCGCCUCGUAUUUCCAUGGUACGCACCUUACUCUUAGCUUCCUCCUCUACCUCUUCCUCGUCCGAUACAACAACCACCGCCUCGCGUGACUCCUCCUCCUCCAACGACUCCACCACCUCCUCAUUCGCCAACGAUCUGUCUCUUCUUGCGGCGGGGGAUCCAUGUUGUGACUCCGCCCGCCCUAGCUCGGCAACCGACGAGGACAAUAAUAAUAAUAACAACAAUAAUAAUCAUGACGAUUAUUAUGUCAAGCAAUGUCUUACUAGCAGCAACAACAACAACAACAAUAACCCUAGUAAGAAGUCAUCAUCGUCGUCGUCAUCAUCAUCAUCCAAGUAUUUUUCUUUAUCUAGAAUCUCUAAUGUUUUCAAGAAAGAACCUCCUCCUAGUACUGCUACUAAUAUUAAGAGUAAUGAUGGAUCAUCUGUUAAGAAGAUGAGCUCUUCAGCUAAAGAGGUUAUUAGGAAAUACUACAUGAAGAAAGUUAAACCUCUAUACGAGAAGCUCUCUUCGUCAAAACAACCACUACAACCGUUAAAGAGGAGAGAAACUCUACCACCGGAUUCAAUGAUGACUACCGCGGUUUUAGAAAUUAAAGGAUCAUCAGCCACAGCGGCGACGACGGAAGAGAUUAGUGGUUUGACUCAGUCAUUUUCAGGUAACCUUAAGUGUCCGAGGAUGAUACGGAGGAGCUACGUGGCAAGCUGUCCAUCGUCGAUGCGUUCAUCACCUAGUCAUUCAGGAGUCUUGACUCGGGCCGGGUUACCGAUGCGAGCAGGAUUAGCGAGUUAUGGGAGCGGGUCGUACUCGUCGGAUACUUCUACCAUGGAGGAGCUCCAGAAUGCUAUCCAAGGUGCAAUUGCUCAUUGUAAGAACUCCAUGGUUAGCAGUUCAAGCUUUAAUCAUAUAAACAUCAACAAUAAUAAGGGAAAGGGUUUAGAGAUUUGAUUUGUUGAUGAUUCUUGAUAUUUAAGUCUUAGGAUUAUUCAGGUAGUACUAUUUAGUCGGUGGGUAAUCCAUCCACUAGAAAUAGACAUAAAUGUUUAAGAAAACCAACUCAGUUAUACAAUAUAUUUUGAUUGUUUAUCUCUACUAGUUGGAUUACCCAUUCUCACUCGUAGAUUACCGACUCGUUAAAUAUAGUUUUUUCGUGUCCGUUUGAUCUAGAAAUUUGUUUCUACUA